GAGACAUGCUACUACACGCAGACCUCAGACUGAAGAUGCUGAUGAUUUGGAUUACAGUGAUGCUUUUUAAUAAAAUUGCAGAUUCUGCACAGACAAACGAUGUCAGUCAGCCGAACCCACUGAUCACUGCUGAUGUUGGUGAUAAUGUGACUCUGCACUGCUUUAGACUGGGAGAAGAUAGCUCUGCAGUCAUCUUUUGGUACAAGCAAAAAGCAGGACAUGAGCCACGUGUAAUGGUCGCAGUUCAACAAGAGCCAAAUUACGAAGAUGAGUUCAAGUCACCAAGAUUCAGUAUUAAGAAAGAACAAACCAAUUACCAUUUAAAUAUUGCUAAUGUGGAACCAUCAGAUGAAGCCAUGUAUUACUGUGGACUGAGAGACUUUUUAAUAAGGUUUGGAAAUGGAACAUUUUUAUCAGUGAAAGGUGAUGGAAAUGUAAAAGUGUCAGUGUUCCAGAGCGGCGUGUCGGACUCGGUUCCUGCGGGAGCGUCAGUGACUCUGCAGUGCUCGGUUCUUUCUGAGAGCAGAUCAGCAGAACUCCAAGUGCUCUGGUUCAGAGCUGCUCCACCACAAUCCCGUCCUCAAAUCAUUUACACUCACCACAACAGCAGCCAUCAGUGUGAGAGCGGCUCUUCUACACACACCUGUGUGUACAGCUUCUCCAAGAACAUCCUCAGCCUCAAUGAUACUGGAACUUUCUACUGCGCUGUGGCCGUCUGUGGGAAGAUCAUUUUUGGGAACGGGACACGAAUGCAGUUGGAGAGAUCUGUGGACCCUGUAGUGAUCUACCUCGCUGUAGCUUUGGGAGUGUGUGUGGUUGUGAUCUUUGCUUUGAUCUUUCUCAUAACCUGUAAAGGACGAAACAGAGUGAGACUAAAACAAGGUUCUGUGACCGACAAGACCCCCAAUCAGGACUGUGACACUGUGGAGCUGAAUUACGCUGCCUUACAUUUCAAUGAGAGGAGAGCCAAAAGAGGACGAAUGAAGAAACAACAACCUCAAGAUAUUAUAUAUUCUGAUGUGCGAGGUCUUUCUGUAACUAAGAUUUGAUCUCUAAUCUGAUUCAAUGUAAUUAGUUCUGUUAUCAGGUUUCAUUUGUACUGUAGACGUGUUUUUGUUAAUGAUUGUUUGGACUGAAUGUAAACUGAAAGUAGUAGUUUUAGCCCUUUCUUGAUUUCUUCACAGACUUAAUUGUUUCAGAUCUCCAAAACAAAACCU